UCUCUCUGGGCUGCUUCGGGUGCAGUGUGUGGUGUCUAGCACACUUCUUUGGCAUUGUGAGACAGAGAGUGUGUGUGUGUGUGUGUGCGCGCGCGAGAGAGAGAGAGAGUCCCGUCUGUGGAUCAGAGGCUGGGGCAUGUCACAGUGAUCAGCACCAGAGCUGGGCCAAAGCUGCUGAAUGAGCGCUAAGUGAGCGAAGCAGGAUGUCUAAACUCGGGAUGUGUCUGGGCCUCCCCCUGCUCGUGUGCCUGUUGUGCGUGGGGCACUCGGAGGGCUGGCUUUGGUGGGAUGCCGGGAAGCAGGACAAAUCGACAGUGACACCGGCCAACGCAAGGCCUCCGCCACCGCCAGGAACUAGGCCAGAGACCCAGAGGAGAAAAGAGGAGAGCGGACUGUCUCUGCUGCAGCUUAUUGGGAACCCUCCUCCAUCCGACAUCGAGCUGGCGUACAGCCCCGACAACACCGUCGGCUACGUGUUCGGCCCCAGCUCCAACACGGGCCAGCUGGCCCACGCGCACCUGCCCAACCCCUUCUACCGCGACUUCUCGCUCAUGUUCCACCUGAAGCCCACCACGUCACGCGGCGGUGUGGUCUUCUCCGUCACCGACGCCACGCAGCAGAUCAUGUACGUGGGCGUGAAGCUGUCGGCCGUGCAGGGGGGCCGCCAGCGGAUCAUCCUCUACUACACGGAGCCCGACUCCACCAGCUCGUACGAGGCGGCCAGCUUCACCGUGCCCUCCAUGCAGGACCGCUGGACGCGCUUUGCCCUGAGCGUCAACCAGGACAGGGUGCUGCUCUUCUUCAACUGCGACACGGACCAGCAGGUCGUGAACUUUGAGCGCUCGCCCGACGACAUGGACAUGGAGAACGGCGCGGGCAUCUUCGUUGGGCAGGCCGGAGGGGCCGACCCAGAUAAGUUCCUGGGUGUGAUUGCCGAGCUGAGGGUCGUUGGAGAUCCCCAGGCUGCAGAAUUGCAUUGUGAUGAAGAUGGAGAUGACUCAGAUGCAGCCUCGGGCGAUUACGGAAGUGGCCAGGGAGAGACGAGCUCCACAGUCUCGACUACACCUCCUUCCCUGCGGCCGAUCCAGCCACCUCCAGUGACAUCACCAAAGGGCGAUUCUGGCGACUCUGUCCACAGACAGACCGCCUAUGACACCGAGAGACACUCUGUGGACCAUCACUCCGGAGAUAGGACCUGGGGUGGUCAAGCUGGACCGAGCCAGAAGGGGCAGAAGGGUGAGCGAGGAGACACGGGCCCGAAGGGAGAGAGUGGCUACGGUGCCGGAGGAGGGAGCGGCCGCGCAGAGAAGGGUGCCAAAGGAGACAGGGGUUUGGGAUCGCCUGGUCCUAAAGGGGACCGCGGACCUUCCGGGCCUCCUGGACCUCCUGGGCCCCCAGGACCUAGUGUCGUUAACCCAGGCGAUGGGUCAGCGGUCCAAACCGUUCCAGGCCCCAGAGGACCACCUGGGCCGGCCGGAUCACCUGGCCCUGCAGGAGCCGACGGUGAACCUGGUGACCCUGGUGAAGACGGCAAAGCUGGGCCCGUGGGACCUCGUGGAUUCCCAGGGACACCGGGAGACCCCGGACAAAAAGGAACAAAGGGUGACCGUGGUGAUGGGCAGCCAGGUCCCCGUGGUCCACCUGGUCCCCCUGGUCCUCCCGGCCCUGGCCUUGGAGGCCGAGACAGACUUACCUACGUGGACUUGGAGGGUUCUGGGUUCCCUGAUUUGGAGAGUGUUCGGGGCCUACCUGGAGUACCUGGUCUGCCUGGCCCACCUGGGCCCCCAGGUCCUCCUGGCUAUGGGGGGUCUUCCGGAUCUGGAUCAUCUGGGUCACCUGGAGCCCCUGGUAUACCGGGCCCCUCAGGUCCUCCGGGCGCAGCAGGACGACCAGGACCAGCAGGCCCCAAGGGAGAAGCUGGUGAAUUGGGACUCCCUGGAGCAGUGGGCGAAAAGGGCUCCAAGGGUGACGCAGGUACUCCUGGCAUUCCGGGCCAAACUGGACUCGCCGGGCUCCCAGGGCCUAUGGGACCCGUUGGACAACCUGGACCUCCAGGACCUCCUGGGCCCGGCUACCGCGUUGGCUUUGAUGAUAUGGAGGGCUCUGGUGUGGGCAUCUAUCCUGGCGGACCAGGAGUGAGAGGACCUGAUGGAGUACAGGGUCCACCUGGUCUUCCUGGUCUUCCGGGCAAGCCGGGCUUCCCUGGUCUCACUGGCCAGAAGGGCAGUGAGGGGCCUCAGGGCAGAGAUGGUCGACCAGGACUGGACGGUUUUCCUGGACCACAGGGACCAAAAGGAGAAAGAGGAGACAGGGGAGAACGAGGGGAGCCGGGUAGAGAUGGGGCCGGUAUUCCUGGACCACCUGGCCCUCCUGGACCCCCAGGGCAGAUUGCCUACUCAUCUGGUGGAAGUUAUGAUGGUGUGGGUGUACAAGGACCUCAGGGUAAUCCUGGACUGCAGGGUCAAGCAGGGUUCCCUGGUCCAAUGGGACCAAAGGGUGAUCGAGGUGACCCAGGCCUGCCAGGAAUUGCUACCAAGGGUGAAAAAGGAGAACCUGGCGCAAUUAUUGGGCCUGAUGGCAAUGCCAUUUACUAUGCUGGGUCGGGUGGACAGAAGGGAGACAUGGGACCUCCUGGACCAGUUGGGCCAGCUGGGCCAUACGGUCCACAAGGGCCAAAGGGUGAAAUCGGUUUCCCUGGCAGACCAGGUCGUCCUGGUGUCAAUGGCUAUAAAGGAGAAAAAGGUGAUCCAAGCUCAGGAUCUGGAUAUGGCUACCCUGGUGCCCCUGGUCCUCCUGGGCCUCCCGGCCCUCCUGGCCCCACUGUGUCUGUGGAUAGGUUUAAUAGAUAUGAAACAGAUAGGAACUACCCAGCUGAGAAAGGAGAGAAAGGAGACCGCGGUGACCCCGGCAUUCCUGGAACUCCAGCCUCUUCCUAUGACAUUGAAUAUCUUUCAGGGAAGCUGAAAGGAGAGCGAGGAGACACAGGCGGGAAGGGAGAGAAGGGAGAGCCAGGCGGAGGCUACUACGAUCCCCGCUACGGAGGUGGCCAAGGGCCCCAGGGGCCCCCAGGGAAUCCAGGACUUCCAGGUCCAAAGGGAGAUUCGAUCCGAGGACCUCCAGGACCACAGGGCCCAUCAGGGCCCCCAGGAGCCGGUUAUGAUGGUCGCCCGGGUGUGCCUGGCCCUCCUGGACCACCUGGACCCCCAGGAGCUCUCCCUGGAGCUUAUCGACCCACCAUCAGUAUCCCUGGACCUCCUGGUCCUGCCGGGCCACCUGGGCAUCCUGGACAAUCAUCUGCUGUCAGCGUUCAGAGGACAUACGAUGUGAUCGAGACUGCGAGGAGAUACCCAGAGGGCACCCUAGUCUUCGACAUGGAAAAAAUCAGUCUCUAUGUCAGAGUCCGAGACGGCAUCCGCCAAGUUCAGCUUGGAGAUUAUCUGCCAUUCUUCACUGGUCUGGACAAUGAGGUAGCGGCUGCCCAGCCUCCUCCAGUGAUCCACUACCCAGACCACGGAGCGGGCAGUGUCACUCGACCCAUCGAGCCACCACCUCAGCAGCCCGCCGAUGUCCCCAGGCGCGAGCCGGAACCGGACCCCCGCUACCCAUCUCACCACGAUCCCAGAUACCCCCAGAACCCUGACUACAGACACCCUUCACAGUCGCACCCGAGAUACCCUGAGCAGCCGGACCCCAGGCAACCCACUCAGCCCGAGAUCAGGCCCCCUGUGACCCCUGUACGCAGGCCUGAGCCCCAGCCUGCCAGACCCGUGGACACUACAGGCCCAGGGCUGCAUCUGAUCGCCCUGAACGCGCCCCAGUCAGGCAACAUGCGGGGCAUCCGUGGGGCCGACUUCCUGUGCUUCCAGCAGGCUCGUGCUGUGGGCCUGUCGGGCACCUACCGGGCCUUCCUGUCCUCCAAACUGCAGGACCUCUACAGCAUCGUGCGCAAGUCCGAUAGGGAUACUCUGCCCAUCAAGAACCUUAAGGGCCAAGUGCUGUUCAGCAGCUGGGAGUCUCUCUUCUCGGAGGCCGAGGGCAGGAUGAAGGACAACGCUCCCAUCUACUCCUUUGAUGGCCGAGACAUCCUCAGGGACAGUGCAUGGCCAGAGAAGAUGAUCUGGCACGGGUCCAGCCCUCGGGGCCAGCGUCAGACGGACAACUACUGUGAGACAUGGCGGACGGGUGACCGGGCAGUGACAGGCCUGGCCUCCUCGCUGCAGUCCGGUCAGCUACUCCAUCAGACACCACACAGCUGCUCGGGCUCCUACAUAGUGCUGUGCAUCGAGAACAGCUACAUCUCACACUCCAAAAAGUAAACAACAAUGAUGAUGACAAGCAAGCAAAAGCAAAAACGUUCUUUUUAAUUGUUCCUUUUUAGCGUCCAGGAAAACCUAAAAUCCAAAACAACAAUGCCCAGCAAGCCAGGCCUAAUGUCAUCUUAACAAACCUCUGCCCCUUCAUGUUUAAAACAACGCCACCAUAUAGCUUCAGUCGAGCAUGCAGGUGCAUAGGUGGAAUUGGGUCUGUCAGGCAGAGAGGAGUCCUAAUGUUUUUCUUUUGCCCCUCCGCAAUGCCAAAGAGACAAAUCUGACAGAAAGGUGUUUGCCCUUUUCUCGGGGGCGUUGGCACAUACUUCUACUGUGGGCUGAGCCGGAGAAGAGAAGCUACUGCUACUUGUGGCAGUGUUUUGAAAUUGUAACCAUGAUACAUUUUUUGUAUAUUAAAUGUAUUGUUUGUGUUGUUUGUUUGUUUUUUUUUUUAUGGAUGUUACGUUUGAAAAUGUCUUAAUUUGGUGUAAUUGGUAUAUUCGACCAAUUUUUAGCAAACAUAUUUUUGUGUAACUUUUUUCAACUUUUUUAUAUUAUUUCAAUUUUCCAUUCUGAAUUGUGGGAUAUUGAGGGGCAGAAAAAAAAACUAAAAACACUAAGAAUAAAAGAAAAUAUUAGAUAUUUAUUUUGAAAUGAAGUUUUUAGAGAUAACUGAUAAUUCAAUUUGAGAAUGAAUACACAAAUAAAAAAUACUAUUUUUCUCGUAGUGAGCACUUUUCUCAGAAUCUAUCAGACAUUUCCACAGGAGUGUGUGCGUGAAACAGAGUAGUAUAGAAUAGACACAUGUAAAUCAUGAGCAUUUUUGUCUAGGUUACUGAUGAGAAAAAUUGUGUGAACUCCUUACCUAUACAUAGCCCCCUAAAAAUGAUUUUUUGUUAUUUGUGAAAAAUCUGAAAAAUUGCAGAUAUUGUACUUAUGCUAUUACAAUAUCAUUUCUAAAUUUCAGGUGGAGCUUAAUGCCAUUUGUUACGUUUUAUGUUUCAAACAGUAUGUUUUGGUUCAAACCAGGACAACUACUUUUAACUCAGCAAGGUAAUUCAAGAUGAACAUUUUAAGAUAUUUCCCAAAUGAAAUGUCUAUAUUUGAAAUUGUGUAGAGGAAGGCAAUCUUCCUUUUACCCAAACAGCAAGUAUUUCCACAAUCAUUUCUUUGACCACUAACUUCCAGUGUGUUUCGGCAGCAGUGGUUCAAUGCUGAAUUUGGUGCUACUUUGUUGAAAGGACUGCUGUGGAAAGAAGAGGUUCAGGGAAAGCCGAGGUGUAUUUUGUGAAGACACGUUAUAAGCCCUAUACUACUAACACAGUGGUAGUGCUGCUGAUGUGUCCAACAUGAACUAGUGUGACCCUGUGGAAUGACACUCAUAUUUUUGUAACCAGUAUGUGCUGUAACAAUUCUUUGAGGCACUGAAUAAAUGAAUUUUGUCAUUAA